AUGUCCGUCAAGACCGUCAAGCUCGGGGGGACCGCCUCCGGCAUAACAGUCGGAAAGGUUGCCCACGGCCUCAUGACGUUGACCCAAGACCCCAAUGUGCCAACGGAUGAAGAGGCCGCCUUCGCAGCGAUCAAGGCGGGUAUUGAUGUGCUGCCGCCUGGGGUGAAGAUGUUUCUCAACAGCGGUGAGUUCUGCCCAGAUGUCCCAACGCGCCGGAACGAUAAUCUAACGUUCCCUGAGUAUGUGGAGAAGACAUUCCUUUCUGUCAAGGGCGGAAUGAAGGCGAACACACUCACGCCCGACAGCUCAGCCGAGAACCUCCGCCGCAGCGUGGACGCCUGUGUGGCUGCGCUCCGUGGGACCAAGAAGAUCGACCUCUUCGAGACAGCCCGCGUCGACCCGAACGUCCCCCUUGAGCAGGCUCUCAAGACGCUUGUCCAGCUGAAGGAGGAGGGCAAGUUCGAUCAUUUGGGCAUGUCAGAGUGCCGUGCCGAAACGUUGCGAAAGGCGAACUCUAUUCACCCGAUCACCGCCGUUGAGAUCGAGGUCAGCUUGUGGUCCUAUGAAGAGGAGACGCGUAAGGUCAUCGCGACCGCUGAAGAACUUGGCAUCUCUGUGAUCGCAUACUCGCCCCUGGGCAGAGGAUUGUUGACCGGUACCAUCACCAGCCCUACCGACCUCCCCGAGCAUGACAUGCGCCGCAGGUUCGAUCGGUUCCAGGAAGAGAACCUGAAGCACAACCUCGGUAUUCUCGAGGAAAUCAAGCCAAUCGCCGCUAAGAAGCAGAUCGCUCUCCCCCAGCUCGCCCUUGCUUGGGUCGCAUCGCUCGGUCCGCACGUCAUCCCUCUGCCAGGAUCCGGCAAACCCAAGAGGGUCGUAGAGAACAUCCUCAGCGGAGACAUUGAGCUUACGCAAGAGGAGCAGGACCAAAUCGCGGAUAUCCUCUCCAAGCACGAGGUAAAGGGCGAUCGCUACAUAGGCGGGCCCGCGGGGCACUUCUUGCAUCUGUGGGGAUGA